AUGGUGCCGGCUCCCACCGUGAGGACCCAUGGCGCGUCGUUCCGCACGCUGCCGCGGUGGGGGCCGCGAUUGCCGGCGGCGCAGCUGACGAAGAUCCCGCUCUCGACGGCCGACAGAGUGGCUAUGGCGAUGUCGUUCCGGUGGAACUCCCCCGUGGGAAGCGUCAUGGCGAGACAGAUCACGUCGACGCGGUCCCUGAUCGCUUCGUCGAUGGCGGCCACCAGGCCGGACGCCAUGCUAGCGCGGUAG